CCCCGGAGGUCAGAUGUCUGGGUCCCCAGUGGGGCAGAAUCCAUGGCUCUUGAGGAGGUGGGGAAAGGGUUCUAUCUGGAACCCUCUUGGAUGGCCUGGAGUGAUGCUGGGAGAUUUAGCUACUGGCCUGCUAGGGAGGAAGGAGUUAAGUGGCUCUUCUGUCACCUGAGCUGGGCAUCAAAUGGCCGGGUCCAGGUUCCUCUUGGAAGGGGCGGAGCCAGACCUGUCCUGGGCCUCUCCUGCAGCCUCAGGCCGCGAUGACUACAGCGUAGGAGCUCUGGGACACCCUUGUCUAGGGAAGAGGUCUUACUGGCUGCCCUCACCUGACUUUGUGUCCCCAGGCCCCCAGCCAUGGCCCUGUCCCUGCCUCUGGGCCCUAGAUUUGGCUCAGAGCCCCUCAACCACCCCCCGGGAGCACCUAGGGAGCGGGACAUUGUUGGAUGCACUGUCUGCCCCACAUCCGGAGAGGAGAGGACGAGCCCAGAGCAGGCCCAGACCCUGAGGCAGGACUCCUUGGACCCUCCUGAGCACUUCCAGGGUGGGCCAAGGGGCAAUGAGCCUGCUGCUCAGCCCCCAAGAUGGUCAACACCCUCUUCCUACGAGGACCCUGCCGGGGGCAAACACUGUGAGCACCCCAUCUCUGGCCUGGAGGUACUAGAGGCUGAGCAGGACAGCCUGCACCUGUGCCUGCUGGGGCUGGGCCGCCGGCUGCAGGACCUGGAGCAAGGCCCGGGGCGCUGGGCAUUGGCCCAGAGUGGGAUGGUGCAGCUGCAGGCCCUCCAGGCGGACCUACGAGGGGCAGCUGAGCGCGUGGAGGCGCUGCUAGCGUUUGGUGAGGGGCUGGCACAGCGGAGUGAGCCCAGGGCCUGGGCAGCCCUGGAGCAGAUCUUGCGGGCCCUGGGAGCUUACCGAGACUCCAUCUUCCGGCGGCUCUGGCAGCUGCAGGCCCAGCUGGUCAGCUACAGCCCGGUGUUCGAGGAGGCCAACGCGCUGGACCAGGACUUGGAAUUCGAGGGAGACUUGGACUGGCCAGCAUCUGGUGGGGUCUGGGGGCCCUGGGCACCCAGUAGCCUCCCCACUUCCGCAGAGUUGGAGUGGGAUCCGGCGGGGGACAUUGGGGGUCUUGGGCCCUUGGGACAAAAGACAGCCUGGACACUAGGAGUGCCCUGUGAGCUGUGUGGCCACAGGGGCCCCCAGGGCAGGGGACAAGGCCUCGAGGAACCACACACCUCUCACUCCCAACAGGAUAUGCUGGAGUCUGGCCUCAGCUACCGGAAACACUUAGCAAGUCACCAAAGACGCUCCCUGCUCCGGAAGCCUCAGGACAAGAAGAGGCAAGCAUCUCCCCAUCUCCAGGACGUGAGGCUGAAGGGGAAUCCUGGGGCCCCCGAUCCUGCAUCCAGGUGGCCCCUGACCUUCCUGCUUAUCCUCUUCCUCCUCUUCCUCCUCCUGGUGGGUGCCACGUUUCUCCUGCCCGUGUCAGGAGACCCCUGCUGCUCUAACGCCCGAAAACCCAGGACACCCUACCUGGUGCUCAGCUAUGUCAAUGGUCUUCCCCCAGUCUGAUGUGUGUAAUAAAUGGUCACUGUCAAAGGAUGUGUGAA